AUGAUUAUCCCUGUUCAACCUACGAAACCAUUCUCUAAAUUUUCUCCAGAUGAAACAUAUUCCGUUUCUUCACUUCAUGAAAAUCCUCGUGUAGCGAAUGGUCUUAUCUCACCAAGUAAAUCACUUUUUAUUGAAAUCUCAAAUUUUUCUCAUGAUUCUGUCGAGGUUCAUCCUCAACAAAAACUAGCCGUUAUGGAACUAUUGACUGAACAUCAAUUGAAUAGCAUAUCAAGAUUAUCUCAUACACCUCAUCAUAUUGAAGAAGAACAAAUAUGUCUCCCUGAUUUAUCCUAUUCUGACUUAAACGAUAUUCAAAAAGCUAAACUAGUUACACUUAUUAAACAAUAUCCACAAGUUUUCACCGAGAAACUUGGUCGGACUCAUCUUGUUAAACACGUAAUCGAACUUCAACCAGGAACACAAUCCGCAAACACUCAACCAUAUCGUCUCCCCCCAUCUAAAAAAGCUAUAGUCGAUCAACAACUAGAAGAGAUGCUCCAAGCUGGUCAUACUAUUCCUUCACAUAGUCCUUGGGCAUCUCCAAUCGUAUUAUCCCCUAAAAAAGAUGGUACACUCAGAUUUUGUGUUGAUUAUCGAAAGUUGAAUGCUAAUACAAUUCGUACAGCAUAUCCUAUGCCUCAAGUUGACGAUACCCUUGAUUCACUCAGGGAAGCAGCGUUUAUUACUCAUCGCGGCCUCUAUGAAUUUUUAGUCAUGCCUUUUGGACUGUCUAAUGCUCCUGCCAUAUUUCAGAGAUUAAUGGAUCUUAUCUUAGCUGGAAUAAAAUGGCAGUCAUGUCUUGUCUAUAUAGAUGAUAUUGUCGUAUUCUCUUCCACAUUUGAACAACAUCUUAAAGAUUUAUCCUCUGUCUUUGAUCGUCUCAAAACUGCUGGACUUACUCUUAAAGCCUCAAAAUGUGAUUUUUGUAGAAAAGAAUUAAAGUACUUAGGACAUAUUAUUACUCCUGACGGUAUUAAACUUGAUCCCGGUCUAAUCGACUCCGUGACACUUUUUCCUCAACCUACACGAUUAAAAGACAUUCAAUCAUUUUUAGGCUUAACUGGAUACUACAGAAAAUUUAUAAAAGAUUACGCUAAAAUACGUUCUCAUCAAAAAUCUAAACGUCCACCAAAUAACAUAGAAUGGUCUGUUGAAUGUACUAUAGCCUUUGAACGAUUAAAAACUGCACUUACUCAGGCUCCUAUACUUCGAGCUCCAAAUUUUAAUGAACCUUUCAUUUUGGAAACAGAUGCCUGUGAUUAUGGUCUUGGUGCUGUCCUUACUCAAGAAUAUGAUAAUAAAAAAUUUGUUAUCGCUUACGCUAGCCGAACUCAAACAGCAGCUGAGAGAAAUUAUUUUCCUACAGAAAAAGAAGCUCUAGCUAUUUAUUGGGCCACCAAACAUUUUCGGCCCUAUUUAGAAGGUACAAAAAUCUAUAUUCGAUCUGAUUGUAGGGCACUACAAUGGCUUCUUGAAACAAAAGAUUCGUCUGGACGAUUAGCUCGAUGGGCAAUAAGUCUAUCAGCAUUUAACAUUGUUAGCAUCAAAUAUAAACCAGGAAAAACAAAUACAAACUCUGAUUCAUUAUCUCGCUAUCCUCUCCCUAAUCUAGCUGUGUUAAAUGGAACAACACCUACAUCUACACUCAAUUUUUGA